UAUAACUACAAUGCUUCCCAAGAUGUGGAGCUCUCCUUGCAGAUUGGCGACACAGUUCACAUCCUGGAGAUGUCUGAGGGUUGGUACAGAGGAUAUACUCUCCAAAAUAAGUCUAAAAAGGGUAUUUUUCCUGAAACAUAUAUCCAUUUGAAAGAAGCAACUGUGGAAGACCUAGGGCAGCAUGAGACCGUGAUUCCUGGCGAGCUCCCCCUGGUGCAGGAGCUCACGUCCACUUUGCGAGAAUGGGCCGUCAUCUGGCGAAAGCUCUAUGUGAACAACAAGGUCACCCUCUUCCGCCAGCUACAGCAGAUGACGUACAGCCUUAUUGAGUGGCGGUCCCAGAUCCUUUCUGGGACACUCCCCAAGGAUGAACUGGCAGAGCUCAAGAAGAAAGUCACAGCCAAAAUCGAUCAUGGGAACAGAAUGCUUGGGUUAGAUCUGGUCGUGCGCGAUGACAAUGGGAACAUCUUGAACCCAGAUGAAACCAGCACCAUUGCCCUCUUCAGGGCCCAUGAAGUGGCCUCAAAAAGGAUUGAAGAAAAGAUCCAGGAGGAAAAGUCAAUCCUGCAGAACCUGGAUUUGCGGGGCCAGCCCAUCUUCAGUGCCAUCCACACCUAUGGCCUCUAUGUGAACUUCAAGAACUUUGUCUGCAACAUCGGGGAAGAUGCAGAGUUGUUUAUGGCCCUCUAUGACCCAGACCAGUCCACUUUUAUCAGUGAGAACUAUCUGAUUCGUUGGGGCAGUAAUGGGAUGCCCAAGGAAAUAGAGAAGCUCAAUAACCUUCAAGCGGUGUUUACUGACCUCAGCAGCACAGACCUCAUCCGGCCCCGCAUAAGUCUCGUGUGCCAGAUCGUCCGCGUGGGCCACAUGGAGUUGAAGGAAGGCAAGAAGCACACCUGUGGGCUCCGAAGGCCUUUUGGAGUGGCAGUGAUGGAUAUUACUGAUAUCAUACACGGGAAGGUGGAUGAUGAAGAAAAGCAGCAUUUUAUUCCCUUUCAGCAAAUCGCGAUGGAAACCUAUAUCCGCCAGAGACAGCUCAUCAUGUCACCCCUGAUUACAUCACAUGUGAUUGGGGAGAAUGAGCCGCUCACUUCAGUCUUGAAUAAAGUGAUAGCCGCCAAGGAAGUGAAUCACAAGGGGCAAGGACUUUGGGUGUCCUUGAAGCUCUUGCCAGGUGACCUCACACAAGUUCAGAAGAAUUUUUCACACUUGGUUGACAGAUCAACAGCAAUAGCCCGGAAAAUGGGCUUUCCUGAAAUAAUAUUGCCAGGAGAUGUUCGGAAUGAUAUUUAUGUCACCCUGAUCCACGGCGAGUUUGACAAAGGGAAGAAGAAGACACCGAAGAACGUGGAGGUGACAAUGUCCGUGCAUGACGAGGAAGGCAAGACCUUGGAGAAAGCAAUUCAUCCUGGUGCUGGCUACGAAGGCAUUUCUGAAUACAAAUCUGUAGUCUAUUAUCAAGUCAAGCAGCCCUGCUGGUAUGAGACCGUCAAGGUGUCCAUUGCUAUAGAAGAGGUUACACGCUGUCAUAUAAGAUUUACCUUCCGACACAGGUCAUCUCAGGAAUCCAGAGAUAAAUCGGAGCGAGCCUUUGGGGUGGCCUUCGUGAAGCUGAUGAACCCAGAUGGCACCACCCUGCAGGACGGGAGGCAUGAUCUGGUGGUUUAUAAGGGUGAAAACAAGAAGAUGGAAGAUGCUAAGUUCUACCUGACCCUGCCUGGGACCAAGGCAGAGAUGGAAGAAAAAGAGCUUCAAGCAUCCAAAAGCAUGGCUGCUUUCACCCCAAGCAAGGACAGUACAAAAGAUAGCUUUCAGAUUGCCACUCUCAUUUGCUCCACCAAGCUCACCCAGAAUGUUGACCUGUUAGGCUUGUUAAAUUGGCGUUCCAACGCCCAGAACAUUAAACACAACCUCAAGAAGUUAAUGGAGGUGGAUGGAGGAGAGAUCGUUAAGUUUUUGCAAGAUACCCUAGAUGCACUUUUUAACAUAAUGAUGGAAAUGUCAGACAAUGAGACAUACGACUUCCUUGUGUUUGAUGCACUGGUGUUUAUUAUUUCACUGAUAGGAGACAUCAAGUUCCAGCAUUUUAAUCCAGUACUUGAAACCUACAUUUACAAGCACUUCAGUGCCACUUUGGCGUACGUGAAACUCUCCAAGGUACUGAACUUUUACGUGGCUAAUGCAGACGAUGCCAGCAAGACAGAAUUGCUUUUUGCUGCUUUGAAAGCCUUGAAGUACUUGUUUAGAUUCAUCAUUCAAUCUCGAGUGCUUUACUUGAGAUUUUAUGGCCAGAGUGAAGAUGGAGAUGAAUUUAAUAACUCAAUCCGCCAGUUAUUUCUCGCCUUCAAUACACUGAUGGACAGGCCUCUGGAGGAAGCUGUCAAGAUCAAGGGGGCAGCUUUGAAGUACCUUCCUAGCAUAAUUAAUGAUGUCAAACUUGUGUUUGAUCCUGCUGAGCUCAGCGUGCUUUUCUGCAAGUUCAUUCAGAGCAUUCCUGACAACCAGUUAGUUCGCCAGAAACUUAACUGCAUGACCAAGAUCGUGGAGAGCAGUCUUUUUCGGCAAGCAGAAUGCAGAGAGGUGCUGCUGCCGCUGCUGACAGACCAGCUCAGCGGCCAGUUGGACGACAACUCCAGCAAGCCUGACCAUGAGGCAAGCUCACAGCUUCUAAGCAACAUCUUGGAGGUUCUGGACAGGAAGGAUGUGGUGAGUCACGUCAUGGCUGAUGCAGCAGGGAGCUCACACCAGCUCCUUUGCACUGGACAGGAGUGUCUCCGUGGCCUUCCUAGUCUCUGCCAGUUUCACACCCGGACCCCACCCUUCCCCAAACCAUGGGGGCUAAACCUGCCUGGAUUUCCUCAAGACAGCCCCCAGGCCUACUCACAGCCCACAUGCAGGAGACCGGAGGACUUUGCAGAAUGUGUUCCGUGGAGCCGUUGA